GGGGUUGGUGGGUGUCCUUGAGCCCUCAGGAAUAAGAUGGCGGUUCUCUGGAGGCUGAGUGCCCUUUGCAGUGCCCAAGGAAGCCGAGCUCUGUUGCUGCAAACCCCAGUGUUCAGACCUGCUCAUAUCUCAGCAUUUCUUCAGGACCGACCUACACCAGACUGGUGUGGAGUGCAGCACAUUCACUUGUCACUGAGCCACCAUUCUGGUUCCAAGACUGCAUGUCUCCACUGGACUAGUGAAAGGGUUGUCAGUGUUUUGCUCCUGGGUCGGCUUCUGGCUGCUUAUUUGAAUCCUUGCUCUGCGAUGGACUACUCCCUGGCUGCAACCCUCACUCUUCAUGGUCACUGGGGCUUUGAACAAGUUGUUACUGUUCAUAGGGACAUUUGGCAGAAAGCUGCCAAGGCAGGGCUUUUGGCAAUUUCAGUUUUAAACUUUGCUGGGCUUUGCUAUUUCAACCAUCACGAUGUGGACAUCUGCAAAACUGUUGCCAUGCUGUGGAAGCUCUGACCUUUCUGACUUAAUACUUUGAAGAAUUGAUGUAUGCUUCUUUUCCUCUGUGUUGUCAUGCCGUUCAACUCACAAUCAGGAAGAAAUAGAAGAUGAGUCCAUUGGUGGACAGCCUUCUUCUCUUAAUCACAAGAUUAUUUUCAGAAUUUAAUCUUUAAGGAAAAGGUUUGAGAGGAAUUUUGUCUAAGAAGUUGUGAGACUGAGUUCUGUAUUCUGGUGAGUUAAUGGGGUUGCCUCCCAGCUUCUCAAAAGACUCAUAGUAUAACAAAACAUGAUAUAUGAGCCUUUUAAUUUAUCAAUCUCUUAAAGAGAAUCCAGCUUUAUUACUAUUAAUAUAUAAUCAAACUUCUGUAUUUGCCCUGGGAGUAGUGGACAAAGGGAAAUACUGUUAAUUCAUGAAUAAAAACUUUGCAGAAACUUAGAUAGUGUUUAAUUUUUUAAAACUUCCUUCUCUAUUCAGUAGAUACCACCUACUGAUGGUUGCAUAUACUAGGGAAAUUUUAAAAUUAGGAAAUGCUGAUAUCUCACAUUAUCAAUUUCUAAAUCUUAAGAAAAAUAGCUUGGAGUGCUUCUGAAUAUAGAGAGGUUCCAUUUAAGGGCAAGGUUCCCCUUGUAGAUAUAUCAAACUAUUACAAAGUAUAAACUGAGACUUAAUCCUCAAAUUUGUUCUACUUGUUCUAAAACAAUCCGUCCACAAAUAUAAAACCAUAAGUAAUAAA